AUGGACUUUGUCAAGAAUUUAAACAGUGAAGAAAAAGGUUAUGGUUUGACAAAAUAUUGGGUUGAAUUACAAAGGUUUUAUCAAUUCUAUUUAGAUAAAGUAACUCCACACACCAAAGGAAGGUGGAUUGCUUUUUUUAUUUUACAGUUGCUAUUUUUUGUAAGAAUCAUAUAUUGGCAGGGUUGGUAUGCUGUCUGUUACAGUUUUUAUAUCUUUUCUUUAAAUCAAUUUUUAGCAUUCUUGACCCCAAAAUUCGAUAUAUCAUUGCAACAAGAAGAAGCAAAUGAAAGACUAGAAGCUGGUGGUGCUCCAGAUGAACAAUCCGAGGAAUUCCGUCCAUUCAUUAGAAGACUUCCAGAAUUUAAAUUCUGGUUUAAUGUUAUGAGAGGUGGUAUCAUCGCCUUCUUGUUGACUACUACUAGAGUCACUGAUAUUCCUGUCUAUUGGCCAAUUCUUUUGGUCUAUUUUAUUAUCUUAUUCGCAUUGACAAUGAGAAGACAAAUUCAACAUAUGAUCAAAUAUAAAUAUAUUCCAUUAGAUUUAGGUAAGAAGAAGUAUUCUGUAACAUCUGUUUAA